UACAUAAUGUUUUCAAAACACAUUUUGUUUGUGUAUACGCAUGUCCUAUGGGUCGUUAAACAACAAUAAUACACCCACACUAUGCGACAAAAUAGAAAACACAAAACACUCAUUUGCAUUACAAACGUGUGAUACGAGUAAUCGAUUCCAAACACUUCUUCAUUGUGGCUAACAAGGGGAAAGAAUGAAAAAAUUACCAAAACAAAACUAUAUCACAGUCAAAGAUGACUGUUUUGACUCGAAGAAGUUGCGAACUAUUGUUCUAAAAACACAAACUCAAUUGUUUACGCGAAAACACACGUAAAAAAUCAAAUAAGACAUAAACAGUUCACACACUAGCUGACUUGGCAUUUGGUAAGUUUUAUUAAUAAAGGACAUCACAUUAAAAUUGUGUUCAGUCUUCGUCGAGGCGUUAACAUAGUAGUUGGCGAUGUGUUUUUGAACCAUAAUGGCUUUGAAAUUAAUUUGUGUGGCUACUCUGGCUACGGCGAUACCAUUGACAGCGUUUAACCAUAAUGCUGGGAAAAAAGAAUCUGAAUUCGACAAGAUAUGGGAAACAACGAUGAGACAAGAAGAAUUUGACGGCAUGCCACUACCCGAGAAUUCAGAUCUACCGACUGUCACUCAAAUUACACCGGCAAUUGUGAAAAUCGGACAACGUUACGGUGUCCCGUCUACACAAUUUUUGGGAAAGAAGAAACACCAUCACAGUCCUGGGAAAAAAGACGAUUUCAUGGAGCACGUGGUGGGUGCGUCUCUCAUGUCGGGCGGCACGCUUUUGUCGCUGGGCGCACUGGCUAUGGUCGUGAUGGCCAGCAAAGCUCUGCUGUUCGCGUUCGGCGCUAUCGUGUUGACGUGCAUGAACUCGAGCUGGACGACAGGAUGGCACAAGCCCUGGGGAAAGUCGAGCACCGUCUACGAAGUGGUGGCUAAACCACAGAUCGUGCACGGUCACACCUACUCCGAGGAAGUGCACCACGAUCCUUACACAGCAACGUACCCGCAGCAGCAGCCGCAGUCGUCCGGUGCCGGUGAAUACUACAGCGGAUAUCCGGUACAGCCACAUUGAUGGGCGCCAGAGACACCGCUCCUAUUCAGCUGUUAAACGUCACAAUAUUAUUAUCAUUAUUAUUUAUUAAUUUAUUAUUUUUAUUAUCAUCACUAUGAUAUUACGAUUAUGAGCGUUAAUA